AUGCUGUUCGUCAGUUACCCCCUUUGCAUCUGGACUCUGGAGCAUUAUGGCACAGUGAUGCUGGAUCCCUUCCAGGAGCUGCAGGGCAAAGACAACUUCUGUGGUGGACUCUUCCGGAUGUGUGUCAGUUCCGGGGCUUCUGUGAAAUUCACAACCCGUCAGAACAGCAUGGCUUCCCACCUACCCACAGCCCUGCUGAGCGACAUAGCACUCUCUAAAUGGAGUAAAGCUGAUUUUAGGAAUGAAGAGAAUUGGUGCAAUAUGAAGGGUAAUUCUGAGGGUGAGUCUUUCACACUCCAUCCAGCAACUCCAGCAAAGACCGUGAAUCAGAUGCAACCUGUUCAAGUCAUUGCCAGGCCCGAUGAAGCCUCAGGCAAACAAAAACUGGUUGCAUCUGACUAUAUCGGCAAAUGUCAAAAGUCAUCUGGAAGGGCACUGUUUAACCUGAGUUGCAGCCAUCUAAAUCUUGCAGAAAAGGAAUAUUUUGGAUUAGAAUUCUGCAGCCAUUCUGGAAAUAAUGUUUGGUUGGAACUUUUGAAGCCCAUAACAAAGCAAGCAAAAAAUCCUAAGGAGGUUGUUUUCAAAUUUAUGGUGAAAUUUUUCCCAGUGGACCCUGGACAUCUGCGUGAAGAACUCACAAGAUAUCUUUUUACUCUUCAAAUAAAGAAGGAUUUGGCUCUAGGAAGGCUUCCAUGCAGUGACAACUGUACAGCGUUGAUGGUAUCUCACAUCUUACAAUCCGAACUGGGAGACUUUCAUGAAGAAACAGAUAGGAAGCAUCUGGCGCAAACCUGGUACUUACCAAACCAAGACUGUUUAGAGAGUAAGAUCAUGCACUUUCAUCAGAAGCACAUUGGCAGGAGCCCAGCUGAAUCUGACAUUCUGCUACUGGACAUAGCAAGGAAGCUGGACAUGUAUGGCAUCAGGCCUCACCCUGCCAGCGAUGGUGAAGGGAUGCAGAUUCACCUGGCUGUUGCUCACAUGGGAGUAUUGGUGUUGCGGGGAAAUACAAAGAUUAAUACUUUCAAUUGGGCUAAAAUCCGCAAGUUGAGUUUUAAGAGAAAGCAUUUUCUUAUCAAACUCCAUGCCAACAUCUUGGUUCUGUGCAAGGACACCUUGGAGUUCACCAUGGCCAGUCGAGAUGCCUGCAAGGCUUUCUGGAAGACUUGUGUAGAGUACCAUGCUUUCUUCAGGCUUUCUGAAGAGCCCAAAUCAAAGCCUAAAACCCUACUCUGCAGCAAGGGUUCCAGUUUCCGCUACAGUGGAAGAACUCAAAGGCAGCUUUUGGAAUACGGGAAAAAAGGGAGGUUGAAGAGCUUGCCAUUUGAAAGGAAACAGUAUCCAUCUCAGUACCAUGAACGACAGUGCAGGUCCUCGCCAGACCUCCUCUCUGAUGUGUCAAAGCAAGUGGAAGAUUUGAGACUCUCUUAUGGUGGUGGGUACUACCGAAAUGUGAAUGGAGUGCAUGCAUCGGAGCCGGGACUAGACAGCAGGAGGAGGAACUCUGCAGUGGAGGUGACAUUUGCAGCUGAACUGGAGUAUUCCAAACCAGAGGCGGAUCCCACAUUUUUACAUCAGUCCCAAAGCAGUUCCUCUUUCCCUUUUAUUUAUAUAGACUCUGUCUUUAACACUGACCCCAAUCUUGACCCUGAUCCCAGAGAUUUCUUUGAGAGAAGUCCGCUAAGCUCCUUCCAAACAAGCUGUAAGUUUGAUGACAAUCAGAUGAGCACAUCUUCCUGCCUCACAAGCAAAGUGAGUCCAGCGAGGCAACUAACUUAUACAGAUGUGCCCUAUAUUCCUUGUACUAGUCAGCAGGUUGAUAUCAUGCCUCCCCAAGUCUUUUUUUAUGUGGACAAGCCACCUCAGGUGCCCAGACGAUCUCCAAUCUUGGCAGAGGAAAGAAUAAGGGCAGACAGCUGUAUAGAGUCCAUGGCAAUGAAGUCAGCCAAAAGAAGCCCAAGGAGUAUCAGAAUUAAGAGCUUUCAGCAAGACCUUCAAGAACUUCAAGAAGCAAUGGCCAGAACUAGUGGUAGAACCAACAUCAAUGUAGAUCUAGAAGAGGAAGACCCGAAUUUAGAAGAUACAUUUGAAUACAACAUUCCAGAGCAAAUCCCUAAAUGGUCCCAGAGCCAAUCAGACAUGAAAACUAUCCGUUUUCCUUUUGGGUCAGAAUUCAGACCUUUAGGGCCUUGUCCUGCUCUCAGUCGUAAGGCAGACCUGUUUACAUGUAUGUUUGCAGAGCAGGAGUUUCCAGCAGUUCUAACAGAUCAGAGUACAGCAGAAAGGAAUGUAGCUAGUGAAUCCAGUGAUUUGGAAGCAGAGAUUUUUAAACCAGACUACUAUUCUUUGUAUGGUAAAGGAAUAAAGUCACCCAUGGCCAGAAUCCGCUUGUCUUCUGGUAGUCUACAGCUAGAUGAAGAAGAUGAAGAUGUUUCUUUCAAACCAUCAGCUGCUGAAGACAGGACUUUGCUAAAAUCAUAUAAUAACUUUUUAGCUUAA